GCAGCCACUUAAAUAUUGAAACAAAAAGGGUCUAUCCAAGAUGGUGGUGCCAAGACAUGGAUGAACGAGAUGGUUAUAAAAAAGGAAACCCUAGAUAGUUUUCCUCUCGUCUGCUGCAUUUUGAAUAUACACACAAUCAUUCUACUCUUCUCCUGCAAAAAACAAUCCCGAUGAAGGCAUCGCUCAUCUUUGCUCAAAUCGCGACUCUGGUGGCAGCCGUUUCUGCACAUUCAAAGUUGACCGCGCCGCUGGGUUUGAAUGUUGAUCCCGCUGUAGAUCUUGGAUCUCAGGCGGACGUGGCUCUCGGAGUGACUGCAAGAAAUCCCUGUGGAAGAGUGCUCGGAAAAGGCGCACCACAGUUACAAGACGCCAUAGCGCAACCGCGCGCCACGUUUGCCCCUGGAAGUGAGGUCGAUCUCGGAUACUUUAUCGUGAAUCAGGACGGUGCCGGUCCUGUGUCAGUUUCCUUUUCUGCUGAUGCUGGCCAAACAUGGACCCAAGCCCAGGUCCUCCAGAAUGCCCCUGGCAGAGGAGGGCUUAAUCUGGCUAACCUCAGAGGCGGAUCUGACGCUCAAGUCAAAAUCCAGGUCCCCAAUAUGGAAUGCCCCGCUGGAUCCUGCGUUAUGAUGGUUCGCAACCCGAUUACCUUUGGCUCGUGCGCUCCUGUUGAGAUCAAGCAAGGGGCAACCAAUAAUAUGAUCAUGACGUUCGAGAAUCAGGGAGGAAAGCCCGUCGGACAGGGAUUGAGAGGUGCGGCCGCUGGUGGUAUCGGUGCGUUCGUUGACAAGCCUGCUGGCGGCAAAAAGGGUGCCAAAGGAGCUGGUGGUGCUGCUGGUGCUGCUGGUGCUUUGGGAGGUAUUCUUGAUGGUGCAAAAGCUGGCAAGGGAGCCGGCGGUCUUGGUGAUAUCUUGGGAGGUGUUCUCGGCGGAGCUGGCGGUGGAAAAGCUGGUGGUCUUGGUGAUAUUCUUCGAGGUGCCGCUGGCAAAGCCAAGGCUGCAGCCGAGGAUGCGGCUACUGCUGCGACUGAUAUCCCUGGUGUCAGUGCGGACGACCUCAAAUUGAUACACACUUCUUAAGACUGCUCGUUGUGAACAAAAUUGUGUAUAAUGUAUAGAUCUAUAUAAGCAUGUCGAAAUAAAUAUACAGAAUUGUUGCAUGUGUCGCUGAUUCGGCGUCC